AUGCGCGCCGACGCUGAGGAAAGAGUUGGGCAUGUCUGGGCAGAAGCCGAUGAUCCACGGCAGACCUCUCUCGGAAAAUUUCUCAGACGUUGGAGUCUGGACGAAUUGCCCCAAUUUUUCAAUGUCCUCAAAGGCGAUAUGAGUCUCGUUGGACCGAGACCAGAGAUGUCAGGCCUUAUUGACACGUUCAGUGAAUCAAUUCCGCACUAUCUGGCGCGGCAGCGCGUCAAAUCUGGUAUGACUGGCUGGGCACAGGUCAACGGCUUGCGGGGUAAUACCUCCCUUGAAGAGCGGAUCUCCUAUGACCGGCACUAUGUUGAAAACUGGUCCCUUGUUUUGGAUAUUAAAAUUAUUUUGAAAACGUUGUGGGCAAUUAAAAAAGGCUCGCGGUAG